AUGGGAAACAAUUUAAUGUAUAAACCAACAUCAAUUGAUAUACAUAAAAAUCAAGAUCUAAAAUUGAAUUCAAAGUAUUCUAGAAAUGAGGGUAUGAUAGAGGGAAAUGAUAAUAAUAAAAAUAUACAAGAUGAUUCAGACGAUGAACAAAUAACAGGAUUUCCAAAAUUAAGUAAUUUUGGGUCUGCACUAUUAACUUCUGAAAAGGAAAACAUAACAAAGAAUAAACUUACAAACACUAAUUUAACUCUAAAUGAUGAUAAGUCCUUAGCAUAUGAUAAUUAUUCUUCUACUUUAUCUAUCAAUCGGGCUGGAAAUGUUAAUACUACUUCCAGUAUGAGUAAAGCAAAUAAUAAUUACGAAUAUAAUAAUAGUAGUGAGAAUAUUUCAACGGGGAACUCGACCUUUCAAAGGUUUAAAGGCCUCCAUGAAUCUAUCAAGGAUGAAUUAAAUACUAAAAAUCUAGAAAGAAGGAAAACUAGACGAUUUUUUAAUAGGACAAAAAUGGGUGUAUUGGGUCCUGCAAUGAGGACCAAUCUAGAGAAUGAAAAGCUGGGGAAGAACUCAAAACAUGAGACUAUUGAAGAAAAAAUCAAUAAAUAUGAUCAACCAGCACAUUUAAUUUCCUCAUCAUCUACAGUUGCAUCCUCUUCGUAUACUUCUUAUCAUGAUACUCACCAAAGUAUCAACCAAACUUCACAGACUACGAUAAAUUAUGAUUUAAUAGAUUUUGGAGAAUUAAAUCCAGUUCAAUAUAUUAAAAAAAAUAAUCUGCCAACUACGGAAUUACCUACAAUUUCAAAAUUGUAUUUCGAAAGACAAAGGGCGGAAAGUAGAAAAAUUGCAUUAAAAAAACAUUCAUCAUCGAAGGAAUUAUUAUUUUCUUCAUCAUCUUCUGCAUUAAAAAAUUCAUUCAACCAAAUAUCAGAUGCUCAGAAUGAGAGCAAAUGUAUAUCUAAUAACACCGGGGAUACAGAUGCUUUGAGUGAACCCAAGAUUAGCGAUAAGGAAAACAGCAGGUCUACAUGGAGUAGAAAUGGCUACGCUAUCUUGAAAGAUGAUUAUAUAAAUAACUUAGAAUACUAUAAAAAUCCUUCGGGAUAUAGUAGCUCACUGAACAAAAAAAGAGAAGCACUAUCAAGCAUAAAUGUUAAUACGAAUCAUAAUCAUAGCUAUCAAGAACUUGGUGACAAUAAGCGUAAUAAGAUUUCAACAAAAGGUAUUGAAUCUGAAAUAGAACAUGUAGCUGCUAGGAAUAGCAUGCUUGAACAACAGAAGGUCGAACAACUAAAUUCAGCUAAUAUACAUAAACAUGGUAAGAAAAAAGUGGAAAUAAUCGAACCAAAGUCAGCAUCAGCUAAUAGAAUAGCUUCAAAAAGUGUUGUAUCUGUUAAUGGAGUAGAGUAUGAAAAAAUUGAACUUUUGGGUAGAGGUGGUUCUUCAAAAGUAUACAAAGUUAAAAAUGUUCAUAACAACAAGAUUUUUGCCUUAAAACGAGUAAUGUUUGAUGAGUUUGAUGAGUCUAGUAUUGACAGUUUUAAAGGUGAAAUUGAACUUCUAAAAAAAUUAGAAAACGAAAAGCGAGUUGUUACUCUAAUUCAACAUCAAAUGGAAUCUGGUGUAUUGCUGUUGAUCAUGGAAUGUGGUGAUCAUGAUUUAUCACAGAUUCUAAACCAAAGAAUGAAUAUGCCAUUGGAUAUUGAGUUCAUAAGGUUUCAUGCUAGAGAAAUGUUAAAGUGUGUUAAAGUUGUCCAUGAUGCUGGCAUCGUGCAUUCAGACCUGAAACCUGCCAAUUUUGUAUUUGUUAAAGGAAUCCUUAAGAUUAUUGAUUUUGGUAUAGCUAAUGCUGUUCCGGACCAUACUGUGAACAUAUAUCGUGAAACCCAGAUAGGCACACCUAAUUAUAUGGCACCCGAAGCUCUCGUGGCAAUGAAUAGCCAACAAGAUUCAGAUCAGCAAAAUAAGUGGAAAGUAGGAAAGCCUUCCGAUAUAUGGUCAUGUGGUUGUAUCUUAUAUCAAAUGUUUUAUGGAAGGCCUCCAUAUGGAUCUUUUCAAGGUCAAAAUAGACUGUUAGCAAUAAUGAAUCCUAAUGUAAAAAUUGUUUUCUCUGAAAAAACAUCCAACAAUGAGAGGAUACCUCGAUCAGCCCUAGAAACAAUGAAAGCAUGUCUUAUAAGAAAUCCAGAUAAGAGAUGGGCUGUUGACCAAGUAUUAGAAGGCUCAUUCUUCAACCCUGUUAUGGUAACUUCGUUUAUUAUUAGGGAUUUAAUUAAAAAUGCAGUGAAUUAUGGUGCCGACCAGAGAUAUGUGACUGACGAAAAAAUCACAGAGCUAGCAGAUGAUGUUUUAAAUAGAUUAGCAGAUUUUAGAUUGUAG